GGCGCCCCGGCGGCGCAGGAGCGGGCGGCCCGGCGCUCGGCCCCCCGCGGCCGCCAUGAGCGGCUCCUCGGGCACCCCGUACCUGGGUAGCAAGAUCAGCCUCAUCUCCAAGGCGCAGAUCCGCUACGAGGGCAUCCUCUACACCAUCGACACCGACAACUCCACCGUGGCGCUCGCCAAAGUGCGGUCCUUUGGUACUGAAGAUCGCCCCACAGAUAGGCCCGCCCCCCCGAGAGAGGAGAUCUACGAGUACAUCAUUUUUCGGGGCAGCGACAUCAAGGACAUCACUGUGUGUGAGCCCCCGAAGGCCCAGCACGCCCUCCCUCAGGACCCCGCGAUCGUCCAGUCUUCCCUGGGCUCUGCCUCCGCCUCGCCGUUCCAGCCGCACGUGCCUUACAGCCCCUUCAGAGGGAUGCCGCCCUACGGCCAGCUGGCGGCCAGCUCCCUGCUCGGCCAGCAGUACGCCGCUUCCUUCGGGCUGGAGAAGUUGGUAAGCCCUCCGGCCUCAGCCGCAGCCUCCAGCCCUAGCUCCUCUCCAUCUCCACAGCCUGUCUCAGAGCUCGACCUGUCCUCAGAGCCCCCUCAGCUCGCUUCCAAGGGAGCUGGCUUUCCGUCUGUCCCGGCUGGCAAGGGCCCGACGGUGGAGCAGGCUGUCCAGACCGGCUCUGCGGACAGCCUGAAUGCCAAAAAGCUGUUGGUCGGCAAGAGCCCCUCAGGGACUCAGCUCAGCGGUCGCCAGGUCCAGCCAAGCAGCAAGACUGCCAACGAUGUAGUCCAGCCGGCAGCCGUGCAGACCCAGGGGCCGGUAAACGACGAGAACAGGAGACCGCAGAGGCGGCGCUCAGGGAACCGGCGAACAAGGAAUCGCUCCCGAGGGCAAAGCCGCCCGACGACGACCAAGGAGAACACGAUCAAGUUCGAGGGUGACUUUGACUUCGAGAGCGCCAACGCCCAGUUCAACCGGGAGGAGCUGGACAAGGAGUUCAAGAAGAGGCUGAACUUCAAAGACGACAACGCGGAGAAGGGGGACGAGAAGGACCCAGCUGUGGUGGCCCAGAGGGAGGAGCCUCCCGCGGAGGAAGACCUCCUGGGGCCCAACUGCUACUACGACAAGUCCAAGUCCUUCUUUGACAACAUCUCCUCGGAGCUCAAGAGCAGUUCCAGGCGGACAACGUGGGCAGAGGAGCGGAAGCUCAACACGGAGACCUUUGGGGUGUCGGGAAGGUUCCUUCGUGGCCGCAGUGCCCGUGGGGGAUUCCGAGGAGGCAGGGGCAACGGGACGGCCCGGCGCAACCCGACCUCACACAGGGCUGGGACCGGCAGGGUGUGAGGGUGCAGCCCACGGCUCCUGAAGUGGCGUGGACAGGACAGGGGAGGCACUGCACUUGGGGGAGAAGAGGGCGCCUGGAGGAUCCCCUACUGCUACUUACUCGGGGUUGACGUGAACCUGGACGUGGUCUGAGUUGGAGCCACUGGUGUUUGGGGAAGUAUUCAUGGGUGGCCUCUUGGAGGCAUCUUGACCUGUGUGUCCUUCUUAGUUGGCGUUUAAUUGCCUAAUUCUAAGGUUUUGGUAUUUUGCAAAAAGGUUUCUAUAGCAAAAGCUUGAUCCUCACUUUGUAACUUUUUUUAUGACAGCUUUGACUUUUGAAGUGGAACCAAAUCUCAUUUGGCAAGUGAGGCAGCCAGGUGCGUUGCAUCUCUAACCCAGCUGGCCCUGGUGCCGCUGGCUGGCACCCCCUCCGGCCGGGGUGGGUCUCAGGACCAGGCAGGGCCAGCACGGGGUGGGUGUGGGGAGGGCGGGCUGGAGGCAGGGAAGGGCAGUGUCCCACGGAUCAUGUUGUGUGAGGGAGCCAGACACCCUGCUGUGUGCCGAGUGCCGGCAAGGCUGUGCACUGGCAAGGGGUCGGUGGGCUGGGAGGACUUCAGGGCGUGGCAAAGGGCCCUGAACAUUAGCGUGGAGCCUGGGAUCGAGGUUGGGGUCAAAGCCUUGGACAGGCCCCCCGAGCGUCCCUGCCCCGUCCUGUCCCUGCCACUCUGACCUGGUCGGUUGGUCAGAGUUGGACUCUGGCUGGACACUUGGGUGUUCUUAUCCACUUGGAAAUAAGCCAGUCUUUUUCGCAAGGUCAGUUGACCUAGCGCGUAGUUCUUCUCAGUUGUAAAUAGUUCUGCGUCGUCGUUUUCAGGCUGGGCGGAGGGAGGGCGGGGAUUAUAAAUUUGUUGCAUGAGUAAGUGGGCCAGACCGGCAGGGUGAGCAUGUUGCAAACAAGCACCUUGGUAACCAACUCCUUUAAAAAGCGAUUCAGUUGCUGUCAAAGCUUGGGUUUAUUUUUGUAGGACGUCAGGACCUGGUGGCUCUUAGAACGUGGGGUGGGCUGCUGUGGAGCGAUGUCAACUGUGAUUCUCAAUAAACAAGCAAACCUUCACCUUUCUUCUUCUGA